UAUUUUUCAUUUGUUACAUAACUACCUAUGUUGUAAAUCGCAUUUCCAAUAUGGUAGAUGUCCAAGUAUUUGGCUCAAAAGCUGAACUGCAAACACGAAUUGGCGCUUUUAUUGCCCAAAAAGCAAGGGAAGCUAUUUCAGACCACGAUUACUUCUCCAUUGCAUUUUCGGGCGGAAGUGUUGCCAGCAUUGCUCCGGCUGGUUUGCUGGAACAAGGAGAUUUAAAGAGCCUCGAUCUUUCCAAAUGGAAAAUCUAUUUCUGCGAUGAAAGAUAUGUAGAUCUUUCAAACGCGGAUAGCAACUAUAACGUCGUGAAUAAAAACUUUAUAUCAAAAGUCAAUGAUAUCAAAUCUGAGAAUGUCUUCACCAUUGACCCUGCCUUGCCACUCGAAGAUGCAGCCAAAAAUUAUGAGGAAAAAUUGAAAUCAUCCCUGGGUGAUGGUCAAAGAAUUGAUCUGCUUUUGAUUGGCAUGGGGCCGGAUGGUCAUAUAUGUUCGUUGUUUCCUGGUCACCCGCUCCUUGACGUCACAGACAGAUUGGUUGCGGCCAUAUCUGAUUCACCCAAACCCCCUCCGAGCCGAAUAACUUUAACCUAUACGGCAUUGAAUGCUGCAAGGUGUGCAAUGUUUAUCGUCUCUGGAAGUGGGAAAGCUAAGGUGGCCAAGGAAGUGUUAGAAGGCAAAAAUCCUGACCAACUGCCAGCAGGGAGAGUUAAAUUGACCAAUGGGACAAUGCACUGGUUUAUGGACAAUGAUGCUGCAAGCCAAUUGGAAAAGCACAAAUAAUAUCCAUAGAGACCGACAGCAAUUAGUGAUGUCUCAAUUUCAAAAAAUUGAAUGAUACUGUUAUGAUGUCAAUUAUAAAUCUAUUGCUUACUGCUAUUUAAUGAAAAUAUUUAGUUAAAUAAUUUGCAAA